AUGUCUCCAUCUCCCCCAACUCCCCCCAUCACCUCCAUCUCCAUUAUCUUGACCAUCUCCACCUCCAUUAUCCUACCAACUGUCCCAAACUUAACCAUCUCCACCACCUCCAUAAUCUCCAUCCCCACCAACUCCAUCAUCUCUACAUCUACCAUCCCCAUUAUCCCCAUCUCAACCAUCUCCACCUCCAUAACCAACCAUCUUGUUUCCACCUCUAUCACCCUCAUCUCAACCAUCCCCACCACCUCUAUCACUUCUACCUCUAUCACCUCCACAUCUACCAUCUCCACCAUCCCCACCCCCACCAUCACCCCCACCACCUUCAUCAUCUCUACCUCUACCAUUUCCACCUCUAUCACCCUCAUCUCAACCAUCCCCACCACCUCUAUCACCUCUACCUCUAUCAUCGCCACAUCUACCAUCCCCACCAUCUCCACCUCUACCAUCUCCACCAUCCCCAUCCCCACUAUCUCCACCAACCCCACCACCUUC